GAAAUUCGUUUUAGUAUUAUUUUUUAUUCUUUCAAUACAAGUAUCAGUAAUGUCACUAGAUAUAUUAGUACCUAAUAAUGAUAAUACUUUGCAAAUUUCGUCAAGUGUUCGAGGGGUUGUUCAGUUACUAAAGGAUACAAAUUUACAAGUCGUUGCGUCCGCGCUUGAUACAUUACUUAUGUGCGUAGAAGAAAAUUGGCAUGAAAUCGCUGAAGGCCUUGUUAUUAUUGAAGAUUUGGCUUUAAAUAAAAAUUUUGUACACCAUAAAAAAGCAUCACUUUUAGCUGCUAAAAUCAUGUACCAUCUUAACACUUUGGAUGAAGCACUUAUGCAUGCUAUGAGAUCAAAAGAGUUGCUAAAACUGGAUGAAGCUUCGGAAUUCAUCCAUACAAUUGUUGCGGAAGCCAUCCAGCGUUACUGUUCUGAAAGACAAGAGAUUUUCGACCAGCUUGCGAAAGAAUGUGAUUCUAGCGAUCUCAAAAAAGUUGCAUUUGAGUCUUCUAAUUUUCUUCAUAAGUUUCCAAGUGUUAGAUUUAAGGUGGAAACAAAUUUAAUGUUUGAAUCUUUGGUCCAUCAAAUGAUUGAAAGUUCUUGUAAAAUGGGAGAAGCUGGAGCAAUAAAGUCUUUAGGGAUUGCCUUGGAAGCUCGCCGUUUAGACCUCAUAAAUCGAAUUAUAAAAGAAAGUCCCUGGAAAUCUCAACUUUUAAAAUUCUGUAGUACUCAUUCUCAAAAAACGAUAUCUUCAAAACGUUUUCGAACUUUACUUCAGCAUGUUGUUGUCGAGUUAUAUGAAAAUUUGUUUCCAUUUCAUAAUCGAACGCUUCUGUUCCGAGAAUAUGUUUCAAUAACUCGUGCUUUAGCUGUUAAUGAAGACGAUGAGCGUUUAGCAAACUUGUUAGGUUCUUUAGUCACACCGGCGGAUGGUGUGGAAAAAGAGGACGAAGUUAUUCUAGCUUACCAAAUUGCAUUCGACUUAGUAACGUUUGAGAAUCAAGCUCUUUUAACAAAAGUCUUAAACCAUCCUUGUCUUGCUGAAGAGAAUCAUGUUACUGAAAAAAAGAAUGAUAACUCCUCUACAGAAAUUUCGAGCCGAGAUCCCAGUCCAGGAAAGGAUACGGAUCGUGAUGAAGCAAUCAUCUUAUCUGAUAGAAAUGAUUCGGUAACGGAGCCCUUGAUUGCUAAAUCAAUUUCUUCUUAUUCUGACAAUACGCGAAAUCUUGUUAAUGGGAAAGAUUCAUCUCCUAUAAAAACCGGUGAAUGUGGUGAAAAAUCAAUAAAAGAGGUUAAAAACAAUACAAACGUCUCGAUUUCACGGUUGCGUCAAAUUUUGUCCGGAGAUGUACUGUUGAACUUAACAGUUAAUUUCCUUUAUCGAGAAAAUCAUACAAACUUGCUUUUAUUAAAUCAAAUUAAAAAUUCUGUAGAUCCACGGUCAUCUGUUACACCUAAUGGAAUCGUGAUUUGUCAUGCGUUUAUGCAGUGUGGUACUACUAGUGAUGUGUUUGUCCGAGAAAAUCUGGAGUGGUUCGGUCGUGCUGUUUGUUGGGCUAAGUUCACCGUCGCUGCAGCCAAUGGCGUCUUACACAAGGGCCACACAACAGCAUCAAAACAAGUUCUCUCCGCGUAUUUACCAGGAUCGGGUGGGGGUCCUUACAGUGAAGGAGGAUCUUUGAUGGCAAUAGGCUUGAUUCACGCAAAUCGUUUCAACGUAGAGAUACGUCAAUAUUUACUGGAACAGUUGAAAAAUGCUCAAACCUAUUGUCCUCAAAACUAUGAGCCGUUACAACACGGCGCCUGUAUUGGGCUGGGGUUACUUGGAUUGGGGUCGAAUGAUGAAGAGAUAUUAAUGAAAUUGAAGGAUGUUUUGUUUGCUGAUACAGCGGUGGCUGGGGAAAGUGCUGGAAUUGCAAUUGGCAUGGUUUCUUUAGGUUCCGGAUCGAGUGAAACUGCGCACGAAUUAUUAAAACAUGCACAUGAAACGGAGCACGAGCGUUCUGCUAGAGGGUCUGCGCUGGGUGUUGCGUUUUUACUUUAUCGCAAAGAAGAGGAAAGCCUACCGGUGUUACAGAAAAUGAUUGAAGAUAAAGAUCCUAUGAUACGGUAUGGUGGUAUGUUUGGUAUUGGAAUGGCUUACUGUGGUACAUCAAACAAUAACGCGCUGCGGCGUUUAUUGCAUACGGGUGUUUCUGACGCUUCUAAUGAUGUUCGAAGAGCUGCUGUUAUGAGCAUUGGUUUUGUAGCGUGCGAUUCUCCAAAUCAAGUUCCCCGCAUUGUCGGUCCUCUUGCUGAUUCAUUCAAUCCGCACGUUCGUUAUGCUGCUGCGAUAGCAGUAGGUGUCGGCUGUUGUGGUAAAGCGUCCACAGCCGCUUUAAAACUCUUAUUACCUCUUACACAGGAUACUACUGAUUUUGUUCGACAAGGGGCUCUUCUUGGAUUGGGUUUGCUAUUAGUACAAGCCAGUUCUACAGCUUUAUUAGAAGAAAACGUUCAAUCAGUUCGUGAUUUAAUUGUUCGAGUUGCAGCUGAUAAACACGAAGACACUAUAACACGUUUUGGAGCCAUUGUUAGUCAAGGACUUAUAGAUAUGGGGGGAAGAAACGGAACAAUAAGUUUUUAUUCUUUAACCAACGCUUUCCGUUCUGAGAGUGCUGUCGGGCUUGCAAUGUUUUGUCAGCUGUGGUUUUGGUAUCCAUACAUUCUUAUAGGCUCUUUAGCUUUUCAAGCCACAGCCCUUAUAGGACUUGCCCCUGAUUUAACGGCACCAAGCGAUUUUCGUGUGGGAUCUCUUGUUUCUCCUGGAACAUUUUCGUACAUUGAACCAGUUGAAAAAGCAGAGAAAAAAGAAAAAUCUGUAGUUGUUACUGCGGUUUUGUCUGGUACGUCACGCAGGCGGCAGCAUGAGCAAAUGCGAAAGUUAAUAAAUUCUGCUGCGAAAACUACAAAAACAUUCUCUGAUUACCAAGAAGACGUAGAAAUGGUUAAACCCACAGCUGUGUCAGACGCUGUCGCUCAAAUCAAAGUUUCGUCAUCGGAAACGCCUAAUGUUCAUCUUGCGGAUACUGUAGAAAAAAAAAAAAUACCGCCACUAGAAAAUUUACCAUCGUCCUUAACUUUACUUCGAAAUCCUUGUCGCGUUGUUGCGUUGGAAGAAAAGUACAUUCUGGUUAAUUUUCCAGAAUCUGCUUGGGUUCCGUUCGAUUUGGAACGCAAAAGCGGUGUUGUUAUGUUGAAACAAGUUGUGUCAAAAACGUCAACAUCUGAUUCUUCGGAUGUUGAUAUGACCCAAAAGCUAGAGUAACAGUCUGUUUAUAAAGAGUUAAAUGUUUUACAUGAGUCUACCUAUAUUAUUAAAGUUUUAAAGAUACAAUGUUUUUUUUAAUAUAUACAACCAGUACCAUAAUCAAAAUAUUCAGUUAAGCGUAACU